GUCACUUUGAAUUGAAACUCGAGCUCGUUAAGUGUACACUCCACUCGUAGUUGAGAUCGUGAAUGGAACAGUUUCAAGCGAACUAAUCCAAAAUAUAAUAUAAGUAUUAAAAACAAAUACAUAAUUGUUGGGGAGUACAUUUUGAUUUCUGGGGGUUUGUUUUACUUUUAAAAACCCACUUUUCGAGUGUUUUAGUUUCAAAUUUUAAUAGUGCAAAAAAAAAAUGUGGUCAAAUCAAGUGACAAAUUCAAAUGACAUCAGUUUGGAUCCAAUAAAGGUUGGACGAUUCACCGAACAAAUAAUCGCAUCGCGAACAACUCAUGCAGAUGAAAAUUAUUCAGGUUACAUAAAUCCAUAUUAUAGCGAAAUAUAUGAUGAAACAUUUCGACGUUCAAUACAAAAUCCGGAUGAAUUUUGGGGUGAAAUUGCAAAGGAAGUUGUAUGGACAAAAAAAUGGGAUAAAGUUUUAGAUAAUUCAAACGAACCAUUUACCAAAUGGUUUGUGGGUGGCGAAUUAAAUGCAUGUUACAAUUGUUUGGAUCGACAUGUUGAAAAUGGCAAGGGAGAUAAAAUUGCGUUAAUUCACGACAGUCCCUUAACUGGAACAAUUCGACGAAUGUCCUAUUCAGAAUUACUUACAAAAGUACAAUUAUUAUCUGGUGUGUUAGCAUCAUAUGGUGUGAAAAAAGGUGAUCGAGUUUUAAUUUAUAUGCCACUGAUACCAGAAGCGAUUGUUUCGAUGUUAGCUACAGUACGUUUAGGCGCCGUCCAUUCUGUCGUCUUUGGUGGAUUUGCAGCCCGUGAACUAUGUUCCAGAAUUGAACAUACACAACCGAAAGUUAUUAUUGCAGCCAGUUGCGGUAUUGAGCCAAGUCGUGUAGUUAAGUAUAAAGUAAUUGUAAACGAGGCUUUAAGAAUUUCGUCAUGGAAAGUUAAAAAAUGUAUAAUAUUUCAAAGACGGAAUAUCGAAGUGGCCCCAUUAGAUAAUGAAAUUGACGUUGAUUGGGAUGAUGCCCUGGACGAAGCGGAACCACAUCCUUGUGUUUCAGUCGAAGCAAAUGAUCCCCUGUACAUUUUAUACACCUCCGGUACCACUGACAAGCCAAAAGGUAUUCAACGUCCCGUUGGCGGACAUAUUGUUGCAUUAGCAUGGACCAUGAAAACAGUUUAUGGUAUGGGACCGAAUGAUGUUUGGUGGUCUGCGAGUGAUCUUGGUUGGGUUGUUGGGCAUUCCUACAUCUGUUAUGGUCCAUUACUUAGUGGAAUUACAAGUAUUAUGUAUGAAGGGAAACCAGAUCGAUCUCCCGAUCCAGGCCAAUAUUUCCGAAUCAUUCAAGAACAUCGUGUAAACGCAAUCUUUACAGUUCCAACCGCAUUUCGUGUAAUUCGACGUGAAGAUCCCGAAAUCAAGUAUGGACGGAAGUACAAUACAGGAACAUUACGUCAUAUAUUUGUGGCGGGUGAACAUUGUGAUUAUGAGACAAAAGUUUGGGCGGAAAAUGUAUUUAAUGUUCCUGUAUUAAAUCAUUGGUGGCAAACGGAAACUGGACACUCCAUAACUGCCACUUGCUUAGGACUAGGGCAUUCAACAAAUCCACCAAAAUAUUCGUCGGGUAUGCCGUUUCCCGGGUACAAUAUAAAAGUCUUACGAGCGGAUAAUACCGAAACUCAACCAAUGGAAUUAGGUCGAAUAGUCGUAAAAUUACCAUUACCUCCUGGUACAAUGUCAACUCUAUAUUUAUCCCCGGAACGAUUCUGUGAAGUUUAUUUCUCCAAAUAUCCUGGUUAUUACGAUACAAUGGAUGCUGGUUAUCGAGACGAAUAUGGUUACAUUUAUGUAACAUCACGUGAUGAUGACGUUAUCAAUGUGGCUGGACAUCGCUUAUCUACAUCAGCGUUAGAAGACGUCGUUCUAAAACAUCCUGAUAUUGCUGAUGCAGCUGUUAUUGGUGUUCCAGAACCAACUAAAGGGGAAAUUCCUUUAUGUUUAUUUGUUAUUAAAAAAAAUUCAACCAAAAAUGAAAAUAUAAUUAGUAAAGAGGUAAUUAAAUUGGUUAGAGAAUUAAUUGGGCCAAUUGCAGCGUUUCGUUUAACAGCUUGUGUACGUGGUUUGCCAAGAACUCGAUCGGGUAAAACGUGCCGAAAAUCGAUAGCUGAUUUAGCAAGAGACAAAAGUAUUCAGAUUCCAAGUACAAUUGAAGAUGGUACCGUUUACAAGGACAUCAAAACUGUCUUACAAUCAGUUGGAUAUGCUCUAAAUGCACCGGAUCCACAAUAUUGAUUGAUCCAAAAAUGUGCCAGAAACACAAAUAUUAUAUGUAUUUAUUUAAAAAAACAAACUUUGUUUUAGUCGUAAAAUUUAUUUUGAUAUUUUUGAUUAUAUCUGGGUUGUGCACUCUAAAUUAACCAAAAUUCUAUUUUUUUUUUUUAUUAGUAUGUACUUUUUUGAUUGAUUAAAAUCGAU